UCAUCCGUUACAUAUAAACAUCGUUCUUAUCUUCACUCAUAUUCUUCUCAUUCAGGAGGUAGCCCUAUAGUUCUAAGGCUUUGAAUCAGAAUAAAAUGAGGAUCCUUUUUUGUGUGUUUCAAUUAUUAUUACCCAUUGCCUUGAAGUUUCAGAUUUUGCGAUCUCAAAGAAUACAUUUAUCCAUAUCCAAAUGUCAGCUUUUCUACUAUGAUGGUGAUACUGUUGAGCUUCAAGCAUUUCUGAACACAUCUGGAACUGACCAAUCUUCAUGGCCAUUGGACAACAUUGUCUUACAAUCAUCCUACUCACGGUGUACUGUAAACAUCACAAAAGAGGGAUGUGAUCUUCACAAUUCAUCUUUAUGUGGUUACUGUGAUCGUCAAGUGAAUAAUGGAUAUUACAUCAAUUUUUUUAUGACUUUAGAGAGAAACAAUACGGGUUAUACAAUCUUUUGGUAUGGAAAUAAUGACACGUUUACUAUAGAUUUUGCUUAUUUUUCGCCAAUCUCAAAUAAAGACCCAUUUGAUAGAAGAUAUUUCAUUGGAUGGACCGUACACACACUCUUCCUGUACAACAAUCAGAGUCGAUCAUUUGAUUUGAAAUAUGCUCAGCAUAUUAUUCUUUUCAAUUACCAUCAAUAUAAAUAUUUAUAUAUUGGAACUAACGAAGGAAUAUUUACUUCCAUGAAUCAGUCAGAGGAUACUUUAUAUCAACCACUGAUACUUUUAACUGGAAUUUCUGGAAACUGUCAAUAUAUGUGUCAAUCAAUAGCUGACAUGUUAAAUCUACAAAAUAUGUACACAACAGUGACGUCGAAUAUCAGAGAUAACACAUUUACCAUCAAAUUCUACAAUAUUUCAAAAUCAGUCGCUUACUUCAGUUCGAUUGAACCUAGACAUCUGUCUCAGGUACAGACCUAUUCUGCAUUUCAUUACUACAACGAAGAGCUUCAAUCUCUGACAGUUACAUUCAACAACAUGAGUGACCUAAACAGUUUUUCUUUUUAUUUUCCAUUUAAUAUUUAUUCAUGCGUCAACAAAAAUAUUUGGAACUUUUCUCAACCAAAUAUCAAGCUAGCAGACGACUGUCCAAAAGGACCUUCUGUCAAGAAUGGUCUCAUUAGACGUUGGACAGACGCCACUUGCAAAUGUCUUCUUCUCGAUUCGGUCUUCCCUUUUACAAGUGUCCAGUGGUAUGAUCAGAAUGGUAAGCCAAUUGGUAGCCCUGGCGCUUACAGCGAUUUAACUAUUUUCACUUUAAAAGAGAAGACAUCUCCGUACACUUGCAGUUCAACGAUAUUUAGCGACAUCACUAAAGGAGUUACAUUUAUCCCAAAAGUGUAUGAUGUCCCACGUGUUUUAGAAUUUACAGUGAAUGGCCAGAAAUCUGUUAAUUUAAAUUUUGGUGAUAACGUCACUUUCUACUGUGAAGUCAAGUCAACAGAUCCGCCAUCUAAAGCUGUGCUUCUAGCUAGUGGUCUGGGAUCAAUCAAAGAAAUUAUUUCCAACAACGAGACUUUAGAGUUAUCUCUCCCCGACUUACGGUGUGAGGAUUCUGGGAGAUACAACUGUACAGGGCGGAAUGGGUUUGAAGACAACGUGACGUCAUAUCCGGAUUAUGUCGACAUCAAUAUUAAGUGUCCUUUCCAAUUAAACAAGAACAACAAUAUCUCUCGAACGACAACCAUUUCUCCAGACGAGAACACAGUUUUCACUUUUGAAGUCUACGGCUAUCCGGAGCCAACAGAAUAUGUUUUAAAAACAGAAACUGGAAAAACGUACUCAACAGUGGACUCUAAUCAGUACCAAGUAUCAUACACAAGAUUAACCCCUCCAUUUGGUUUAAUUACUUUGAUAGUCUAUGACGCCAACACAAGGGGCUUAAUCACGUACGUCUUGACUGUCACAAAUGCAGAAGGUGAAAUAAAUAUUAAAAUUCAAGUUAACAAAGAACCGCAAUCGGCAGGUAGAAGUUCGGGUGCUAAUUCAGCAGACGUUAUAGGUGGAGUCAUUGGAGGAUGCGCUGUUUUAGUUCUUAUUGUAAUUUUAAUUAUUUUGGCAUUCAGAAGUAGGAAGACAUUUUCUGACUGUAUGCAUUCUAAAGACAAAAAGCAAGAUACUCCCAUGGCGGCCAAUGAGCAUGAACCCGAACAUAAAGAUGAAGAAAAUGUUUACGACAUCUCAUUGGAGAAUAACGUAGACUAUGUCGUUAAGUAUACUUCAUUCCAAAAUGCAGUUUUUCUUCACGAUUCCAGUACAAAUACAAACUCUGCAUUAGAGUCGGAAAAAAAACGUUUCAGCUUAUAAAGAACAUUAUUACACAAAUCCUAAGGAGAGUCCAAUUAGUGGUACCUUGCAUGAUGUAACUAAUGAGGUCAACGCUGAAAUUAAAAACAAUCACACCGAUUGUCUAUUGAAAGAGAAAGUUCCAUCUCAUUUGGAAGAAGAUUGUUCCAUUGAAGCUACUCAAGAUCAUCCAACUGCUGGAUGGCAGGAUACACUUCCUUCCCCUGACAAUGGUAGAGAUCAUUCCAAUGCUUUGGAGCAAAAUAAUGUAACGCUUGUGUGAACUAAAAAAAUCAUUAUUUAACAGAGACAUAUAAUGUAUGCUUGCCCUGAAUGUGGCAAAAUAUGUAGGUCACAGAUGGGACUGCGCAUCCACGGGAAAAUACUGCAUUCUUCAUUAAUCUUCGGACUCGAAGACUAGCCUUAUAAUUAUUAUUAUUAUAAUGUAUUAGAAUCCACUAAUCAUAACUACAGUACGCAAUUAAUUUAAUAAGUAGCCUGCCUUGAAUUGGUUCAACACUAUUUCAUCAUGAAAAAUAAUAAUAAUAUUAUUGAAUUUACAUAAAAUCCAGUGGAAGUUAGCUAACAGUUGUUAGUGAAUCUCUAGAGCACUGCCAUGAAUUCAUUUCUCUGUAACAUUUCUUUGUAAAUCAUAUUUUCUUGAUGAUACUGUUAGUCGUCAAUCAUUUAUUUUAAUACUUCAUUAUUUUCAUGAAGUCUUUCUAGUGUGACAUAUUUUCAUGAAGUCUUUCUAGUGUGACAUAUUUUCAUGAAGUCUUUCUAGUGUGACAUAUUUUCAUGAAGUCUUUCUAGUGUGACAUAAUGUAGAAUCUAGCUCUAGUCUAGUAUUUUGCAUGUUUAUUUCAUAAGCAUUCUAUAAGACGGUUCGCAAAAUGUUCAGAUAUGCCUUUUUUUUUUCAAAUCCUUGUUGAAUAUAAAUACACAUUUGUGUCGAAUGCUCAUUUGUCACUGAAGCUCUCAACACAAAACGUCAAAAAAUAAUUUUCAUUGAUGAAAAUUAUAACUGUAAAAUCAAAGUUUCACUGUGUGCCCAAUUACAUAAACUGUUAAUUUUCCAAUAACCUCUUACUUUCCUAAAUACAGGUAGAGAUUGUAAGUUAAUAUUCCUAUUUGUUAAAUGUUGUUUUAACAUCUGUAGUUAUUAAUGAGAGUGUUUAAAAAAUGACCUUUUGAAUAAUGUUUUACUUGAAAAUUAUUCUAAUAUGCAAUUACAGGCCCUUACUACAUUGCAAAUACAACCGAUUUGUUCCUUGAAAAGAUAAGAUACCCCACAGAUUUAGAUUAAGGCUUUGAGGAUCACCGCCGAAAAAAAAAUAUUCGGAAAAUAAUAUUUAAAAAAAAAACCUCAUUUGUAAGUGAUACAUUUUGUUCAAUAGGCAUAUUUGUAACUUUGUUUUGUUACAGAACUAUAAUUCAAAGCUCUAAAAAAAAUAAAUUCAGAAGUAGGAGGAGAAAUUAAGUGGACUAAUUAGAUUUUACUGUAAUUUUUUUUUUAUUUAUUUUUUUUUUUUCAUUUUUAGGAUUCAAGUAUAUAUUGUGAGGUAUAGUACCAAAUUAAUUCAUGCAAUAGAAAAAUAUCAGAUUGAGUAAAGGUUGGAAAAAGGUGACUAGGAAAAGAAUAUGUGGGUUCAGAACUGAUCGCAAUUGUUGCUCUUACACUAAAAAUUUCGAAUGAAUUCUAAAUUUACCUAAAUAAAGUCUUUCUUAAAAUAAUUGAUUAUAUCAUGUGCAAUUACAUAAACUCUGUCGCUAUAUUUGAAUAUUCUGUUUUAAAACGUGAUGUUUUUUAUAAUUUUUGCUGAUUGCAUUUGUCAUUAAAGAAUAGGGGUGGGGCGACUCGAUAUAAGAAUUUAAUUUAUAGCAUAUAUAAAUUAUAUAAGUGACACAUUUUUAUUAUUUUGUAAUUUCUUAAAACUUAAAUACAAAAAAGUACUGGUUUGUCCGAUGGAUGAAGGACUAUUGUAUGUAUCGCCCCUGCCCCCUGGUACAACCCUUUAUCUUUUACUAAUGAUAUAAUUUGAGAUUAGACUGUGUGUACGGCAUAAUAUAUAAAUGGGUUCAAAUAUCAAUAUGUAUCUUAUAUUAUAAACAUAUUCAACUAAUUUUGUUCACAAACUAUGCUUUCUCCAUAAAAAUAGGAGGGCUAGAGUGGGGAGGGCAGUAGAAGCCAUCGACCCCACCCCCACCCCCCACCUCACCGAAUCGGCCAAGAUACCAAUAGUGUAGCGACAUAGUAUAAAAAUGAUAUAGUAAUUCAACUAAUUUUGUUCACAAACUAUGAUUUCUCAAUAAAAGUACGAUUUCCCCCCCCACACACACACACACACUCAAAGGGCUUAGGUGGAAAGGACAGUAGAUGUAUUCGAUCCCCCUUACCCACCCAAUCGGCUAACAGGGGGAAUAACAUAAUAUAAAGGUCGGGGAGGUGGAAUUGAUGCCAUUGCCAUCCCACCAAAUCGGCCAACAUACUAGAGGAGGGGCGAAAUAAUCUAUAAAUUGGUUAAAAUUUAAAUAAUUAGUAUAUAUUAUUAACAUAACUAAUGCAUUCGUAUACAAAUUAUGUGAUUAAGCGAACUGAUUACUCCAUAUGUCCCUCAGAGAGCACUGUGCUCAAUGGACUCAUCACUUCUAGUGGUGCCACGUUUCUCCCUCAAAAGCUACGGUCUUCGGGCUUUUUGCAGUGCACGGCCCAAAGGUUUGUAACUCACUCCCCAUUGAUCUCAGACAGACAACGUUACACUACUCUCAAGAAGAACAUUAAGACCUACAUGAAUAAAACUUUUUUAGAUUAGUUUGUCAUUUUAGCUCUCGUGUUUGUGUUUGUAAUGUUAUUACAGUGCCUUAAUUCUACAUUUUGU